AACCAAAGGCAUUUCUUGCAUUUGUCCCUUUCUUCGGUUUUUCUCUCUCUUUCUCUCACCAUUCAUUUCUCAGUAUGUUUCAGUUUGUAAAAUCAUAAACUUAAAUUCAAUUUCGAAAAUAAGAAUCCCUAAUUUUAUGCUCUCUCUUUAAUCUCUCCUAUCCACUGAAUCUAAAUAUCCUACAUUUUCAUCCCCAUUUCUUCUUCUUCUUCUUCUCCUCGCUCUGUGUGUGCAUUCAAGUUUCGUACUUUUGAGUUCAGCAUUAUAAGAAGAGAAUUUUUUUUCCUUUAUUUUUUUUGUGGGAUAUAGAGAGUAAGAAGAGAUCAGAGAAGCACAUAAACGCAAAAGGGAAAGAAGAAAUGGCAUCGAAUAUAGGGAUGAUGGAUAGCGCGUAUUUUGUUGGAAGGAAUGAGAUAUUGACGUGGAUCAACAAUAGGCUUCAGCUCAAUCUCACUCGCAUUGAGGAGGCUGCAUCUGGUGCCGUGCAGUGUCAAAUGAUGGAUAUGACUUAUCCAGGAGUUGUUCCCAUGCACAAGGUGAAUUUUGAUGCGAAGACAGAAUAUGAUAUGAUCCAAAAUUACAAGGUUCUGCAGGAUGUUUUCAACAAAUUGAAAAUUGAAAAGCAUAUUGAAGUUAACAAGCUUGUUAAAGGCAGGCCUUUGGACAACUUAGAGUUCUUACAGUGGCUGAAACGAUACUGUGAUUCCAUUAAUGGGGGCAUCAUGAACGAGAACUAUAACCCUGUUGAACGAAGAAUUAAGGGGGGAAAGGACCGUAACUCCAAGGGUGGUCAGAAGACCUCAAAAUCACUGCAAUCAAACAAUUUGCACAAUUCUUCCUCUGGCAAUUCAGUUGGCCUGAGUAAAAUAUCUGGGCUAAAGCAAGGGAGGGGAAGUGCUGUAGCAGGUGGGGCUAAUUCUUCAGCGGAUAUUGAGACAUUGUCCAAGGAGAUCACUGAUCUCAAGCUCUCUGUGGACCAUUUGGAAAAGGAAAGAGAUUUUUACUUUGCAAAGUUAAGGGAUGUAGAAUUACUUUGUCAAGCUCCUGAAUUGGAGGAUCUCCCAAUGGCAGUGGCAAUCAAGAAGAUACUAUAUGCUGCUGAUACUAAGGAAUCUGCACUUGAAGAAGCUCAGGAAUAUCUGUAUCAAGCUAUGAAUAAUGGUGAAGAUGAGGCCUGAAUUUAGAUUAGCAAUGGAUAACUUUGCAUGGGUAAGGUAAAGAUACUUUCAGGGCCUCGUGCUCUAGGAUACUGGUGAUCUUUCGUUGUGCUCUAGACUCUUAAAACUUAUUAACCAAAUAAAUUUAACCCUUCUGGAUGUUUUCUUGAAUUGAAGCAAUGUCUAAUUGAUUAAAGAAAGAAAACAGCAGCUGCUGUUGCUUUA